GUUAGUUGCCACCGUCAGACAUAACACACACGCAGUAUACAUUGCAAGCUUCAUGUAAUUUCAACAACGACUUACCACUUUCUUCUCAUCCAAAUAAAAAAAAAAAAAACACUUCUUUCUUUUAUUGAUUUCUCUCGAUAACAUGUAAACUGGUUCCAUGUAUCGUUUCCCAGUUUCUUCAUUGAGAUUCAAUCUUCUUCUUCUCACAAUCCUCCUUACUCCUGAUCUUCACUAAGCUCGAGUUGAGAGAGAUGUUCUUCGAAAUGGGUUUGAAGUAGUUUUAUGAGUUUAUUCCCCCCCUUAAAACGGGUUUGAGCUCAGAUCUUUUAACCUCCGUUCUCGGAGAGAGAAGAGGAACUCCAAGUGUUUGACGAAUUGACUCAACGAAGCUAUGGAAGAGACUUUCGUGCCGUUUGAAGGAAUCAAGAAUGAUCUCAAAGGCAGAGUCAUGUGCUACAAGCAGGACUGGGCCGGAGGAUUCAAGGCUGGAUUCAGGAUUCUGGCUCCCACCACUUACAUAUUCUUCGCCUCUGCGAUUCCUGUCAUCUCCUUCGGUGAACAACUCGAAAGAAGCACCGAUGGAGUUCUCACGGCUGUUCAGACCUUAGCAUCCACCGCCAUUUGCGGCAUCAUUCACUCCAUUAUCGGAGGUCAGCCACUGCUUAUUCUCGGCGUUGCUGAGCCAACUGUCAUCAUGUAUACUUUCAUGUUUAACUUUGCAAAGGCCAGACCUGAACUUGGACGUAACCUCUUCUUGGCUUGGUCUGGAUGGGUUUGUGUUUGGACUGCUUUGAUGCUGUUUGUGAUGGCUAUAUGUGGAGCUUGUUCCAUCAUCAAUAGGUUCACCCGUGUAGCUGGAGAACUGUUUGGACUCCUUAUUGCUAUGCUCUUCAUGCAACAAGCCAUCAAAGGGCUAGUGGAUGAAUUUCGCAUUCCUGACCGGGAAAAUCAGAAACUGAAGGAGUUCUUACCUUCCUGGAGGUUUGCUAAUGGGAUGUUCGCUCUGGUUCUCUCCUUUGGCCUUCUUCUUACUGGACUUAGAAGCAGAAAAGCCAGAUCUUGGCGCUACGGAUCUGGCUGGCUCAGAAGCUUAAUAGCUGACUAUGGAGUACCACUCAUGGUGCUAGUGUGGACCGGUGUCUCCUACAUUCCAGCAGGAGAUGUUCCAAAAGGAAUCCCCCGGCGACUUUUUAGCCCAAACCCUUGGUCCCCUGGUGCUUAUGGAAAUUGGACCGUAGUUAAGGAGAUGCUUGAUGUUCCAAUCGUCCACAUAAUUGGAGCGUUCAUUCCAGCGUCAAUGAUUGCUGUGCUUUACUACUUCGAUCAUAGCGUAGCUUCACAGCUUGCGCAGCAGAAAGAAUUCAAUUUGAGGAAACCCUCUUCUUACCACUACGACUUGCUUCUUCUUGGGUUCCUGACAUUAAUGUGUGGUUUACUCGGAAUCCCUCCAUCAAAUGGUGUCAUUCCUCAAUCUCCAAUGCAUACCAAGAGCUUAGCCACUCUUAAAUAUCAGUUGCUCCGUAACAGACUGGUUGCAACAGCACGAAGAAGCAUCAAAACGAAUGCGAGUUUGGGACAACUCUAUAACAAUAUGCAAGAAGCUUAUCACCACAUGCAGACACCAUUAGUCUACCAGCAGCCUCAAGGUCUAAAAGAACUGAAAGAAUCAACAAUUCAAGCAACUACAUUAACCGGAAACCUCAGUGCUCCGGUUGAUGAAACUCUAUUCGAUAUAGAGAAAGAAAUUGAUGAUUUGUUACCAGUGGAAGUCAAAGAACAGAGGGUAAGCAACUUCCUUCAGUCCACAAUGGUAGGAGGAUGCGUUGCUGCUAUGCCUAUCCUUAAAAUGAUUCCAACAUCAGUCCUUUGGGGUUAUUUUGCCUUCAUGGCCAUCGAAAGCUUACCUGGAAACCAGUUCUGGGAGAGAAUCUUGCUUCUAUUCACAGCCCCAAGUCGUCGCUUCAAGGUUCUUGAAGAUUACCACGCAACAUUCGUUGAAACCGUUCCUUUCAAGACAAUUGCAACGUUCACUAUUUUCCAGACGAUUUAUCUCUUAGUCUGCUUUGGCCUCACAUGGAUUCCAAUAGCAGGAGUUAUGUUCCCUUUAAUGAUCAUGUUCUUGAUUCCCGUACGACAGUAUAUCCUCCCUAGAUUCUUCAAAGGAGCUCAUCUUCAAGACUUAGACGCAGCAGAGUAUGAAGAAGCUCCAGCGUUACCCUUCAAUCUCGCAGCGGAAACGGAGAUUGGAUCGACAACUUCGUAUCCAGGAGACUCAGAGAUUCUUGAUGAGGUUAUUACACGGAGCAGAGGAGAGUUUAGACACACGAGUAGUCCUAAGGUCACAAGUUCGAAUUCCACUCCAGUCAAUAAUAGGAGUUUGUCUCAAGUGUUUAGUCCACGAGUGGGUGAACUCAGGUUGGAUCAAAUGAGUCCUCGAGUCGUUGGAAAUAGUCCUAAACCACCGAGUACUGGGAGGAGUCCUUUGAACCAUUGCUCUCAUUGAACUGAGAUUAUAUAUAUACAAGAAGCUCAAUAAGCUUCUUGAAUCUUUCUUUUGUUUAUAUGUUGUGCGUGUGUGUGUUUAUGCCCUUGCCUUGUGUUUGAUCUUUUGACGCUUGAGAGUUGAGUCUGUAAAAUCAUACUUAUUCCGUAAUAUAUGUAACGAUAUGAGGCAAAUAUGAAAUAUGUAAAAGAUUUAAAAAC